GUGCCGGGGAGGCUGGGGGAACGAAGUGUGCGCUGCUGCGCAGGCGCGGUGGUCGGACGACAGACCGUGUGUUUCCAAAAUGGCGGCAGCGAUGGAUGUGGAUACCCCGAGCGGCACCAACAGCGGCGCGGGCAAGAAGCGCUUUGAAGUGAAAAAGUGGAAUGCAGUAGCCCUCUGGGCCUGGGAUAUUGUGGUUGAUAACUGUGCCAUCUGCAGGAACCACAUUAUGGAUCUUUGCAUAGAAUGUCAAGCUAACCAGGCAUCUGCUACUUCAGAAGAAUGUACCGUCGCAUGGGGAGUCUGUAACCAUGCUUUUCACUUCCACUGCAUCUCUCGCUGGCUCAAAACACGACAGGUGUGUCCAUUGGACAACAGAGAGUGGGAAUUCCAAAAGUACGGGCACUAGGAAAAGACUUCUUCCAUCAAGCUUAAUUGUUUUGUUAUUCAUUUAAUGACUUUCCCUGCUGUUACCUAAUUACAGAUUAGAUGGCACCGUGUUUUUCUGCUUUGUUUUUCAGUUUGCUGUUUCUGUAGCCAUAUUGUAUUCUGUGUCAAAUAAAGUCCAGUUGGAUUCUAGAA